AUUAACCAGGGUUGAGCGUGUCUAAUUUUGUCCAUUCUCUUCUCCUUCGCUAUGCCUUCUUCUAUCUCUCUGUUCCUCACAUUCUGUGUCCUUGUAUCUACAGCUAAUCCUGUAUUGGGGUCCUACAAGUCCAUUUUUAGCUUCGGGGACUCGCUCGCUGACACAGGGAAUUCACUCUACUCCGGACAGUAUACUCCGGCCGCCCAGUUACCUUAUGGAGAGACCUACUUCCAUCAAGCUACCGGUCGAGCUUCCGAUGGUCGCCUAGUUAUUGAUUUCAUUGCGCAAUCGUUAGGACUGCCAUUGCUACCUCCUUAUCUAGGAAAAAAUAGUGGCAAGGAUUUACAACAAGGAGUGAAUUUUGCUGUUGGGGGAGCUACAGCUCUAGAUGUUUCUUUCUUCGAUGAUAAACAGAUUGCAUAUAGUACGAAAUACACUCUUGGAGUUCAACUUGGAUGGUUUCAAAAACUUUUGCCUUCCCUUUGUAAUUCAUCUUCAGAUGGUUGCCGCAGGUUCUUCAAUACAUCUUUGUUUGUCGUUGGAGAAAUAGGAGGAAACGACUACAAUUAUGCAUUCAUGGACGGGAGAAGUUCAACGGAAGUUCGCACUUUCGUACCUAAAGUUAUUGAUGCCAUUAGCUCCGCAAUCAAGGUUCUGAUAAAUGAAGGUGCGGUGGCAUUCAUGGUUCCUGGAAACUUACCAAUUGGGUGUUCAACAAUGUAUUUAGGUCUAUAUCCGAACUCUAAGAAAGCAGAUUACGACAACAGUGGUUGUAUUAAGUGGUUAAAUGAUUUCUCCAUUUAUCACAACAGCUUGUUGCAAAAAGAAUUAGAUGUCUUGAGAGAAUUAUAUCCAAAUACCAACAUUAUGUAUGCUGAUUAUUAUAAUGCUGCCAUGAAGUUUUACCAAUCUCCCGAUUCAUUAGGAUUCAAGGGUGGAGCUCUAACGGCAUGUUGUGGGGGAGGUUUAAGUCGAUGCUGUAAUGAUCCAUCAACAUAUGUGAAUUGGGAUGGAAUUCAUUUUACUGAAGCUGCAUACAAAGUUAUAGCUAUUGCUUUGUUACUGGAUCAUCAACAGUCCUUUCCCGAUGCCCGUAACAUUAGCGAGGCCAGCCCUUACAAACCACAAGCAAGUGACGGCUUGCCGCCUAAUAGUGCAGGGGCAAGCACAACCUUCUUUUUCAUAUGGACAUUUUUGAUUCUCAGCUUUUUUUGCAGUUUAUUCAGAUAAUUUUUAUUUUUA